AUGGCGGCGUGCGGAGAUGGGGGGGGGGGGGGGGUUGGGUCACACCUGUUUUUCCCACGGUGGCACACGGGUCACAGAGCGUCCUGCCCCACCUGGGGACAGGGACACGCGCAGGCCCCCUCGCCCUCACCGAGACCCCUCCCCACAGCUUGUGCCAACUGUGCCCGAGCCUCCGAACCGCUCCGGGAGCGCCCCCAGGACCCCCCAAUGGCGUGGCCGCCUCUGUCCACUCUGCCGGACACCCCGUUCCCCAGCUGGACGCUGGCUGCGCUGGCCGGAGUGGCCGAGGGGCUGCUGAGCCCCGCGUACUGGGCGCUGGACCGGCUGCUGGCGCUGCUGGUGCCCACCACGGCGCAGCGGGCGCGCUGGCAGCGCCGCCGGGCCGGGCUCUGCCUGGCCGUGGGUGCGCGGGCGCUGGCGGCGCCGCUGCUGCUGCUGGCGCUGCUGCUGGCGCUGCUGCCGGCGCUGCCGGGGCUGCUGCUGUGGCUGCCGGUGCAGGCCAAGCGCCGGCCCUUCGUCCACCAGCACGCGGCCGCUGCGGCCGUGGCCGAGCCCUGGGACGCACGGCGAGCCCGCAGCUUCACCUUCCUGACGGCCAACGUGUGCCUGCUGCCCAGCGGGCUGGCGCGCUUCAGCAACCUGGGCGACACGCGGCGGAGGGCGGCACUCAUUGGGCGGAUCCUGGCGGCCGGAGCGCCCGCGGAAGCUUCUGGACACCGGCGCGGGCUGCUGGGGCCACGGAGGGGCCGGGGUUACGGGGGCACCGCGGCACGAGGGGGGCACCCGGGCGGAGAUGCCGGGCGGGGGGCGUGGAGGGCGGCGACAGCGGAUGGCACGAUGGAAUGGCCGGAGAUGCCAAUGGCCAACCCAACAGCCAUGGCCAACCCAAGGCCAACCGUUGACUCGGUGCCAGCGCCGGAGUUGCCGCUGACCAACCCAGCGCCGGGAGCUGCUCCAUGCCCAGCGUCCGGCCCGGGGCCGGAGCGGCCGAUCCCGCUGGCGGACCCAAUGCCCGCGGUGCUGAGCGCCCGCGUCCCGCCGGACACCGACUUCGUGUGCCUGCAGGAAGUGUUCGACAGCGCUGCGGCCGCCGCCCUGCGCCGGCAGCUCGGCCGCCGCUUCCCGCACGUGCUGUGGGGCGUGGGCCCGGGGGGGCUGCGCUGCGGCCGGCUGCGGGCCCUGGGCAGCGGGCUGCUCCUGGGCAGCCGCUUCCCGCUGCUGGCCGCCCGCUUCCAGCCCUUCCCCAACGCCGCCCGCGAGGACGCGCUGGCCAACAAGGGGCUGCUGGUGGCGCAGGUGCUGUUGGGGACGGAGCAAGGCCGGCGCGUUGUGGGGUACCUGGGCUGCACCCACCUGCAGGCGCCCGCAGCCGAUGCCACCAUCCGUGACCAGCAGCUGUCCCUGGUGCUCCGGUGGCUCUGGGAGUUCCGGCAGGAGCAGGACCGGCGUGGGGACCUGGUGGCCUUCGAUGUCCUCUGCGGGGACCUCAACUUCGACAACUGCUCCCGCGGUGACGCCCAGAACCGGCAGCACCGCCUGUUCAAGGAGUUCUGGGACCCCGCAUGCUGCGACUCGGGCCAGGAGCAGCCCUGGGCCAUCGGGACGCUGCUCAAUUACCUCAUGAUCUACGAGGAGCCCGUGUCCACCCCUGAGGAGAUGAGGAGGACGCUGUCCCAGCCGUGGGGACGCGAGCGGUUCCUGGCGGGUCCCAUCCUGUCCUGCGGGGCCCUGGACCCGAUGGCCCCACGGCCGUGGCAGGGCCGGAGAGUGGACAGAGCGCUGCUGAGGAGGGACCCUGCGCUGACCACUGAGGUCAUCGGGUACUCGGUCAUCACCGAGCUGGCCACAAUGUCUGACCACCUGCCCGUGGCCCUGCGGCUGCGCCUGGGGCCCGCUGACCUCUGACCCCGGCACGGACACGGCAAUGGACACCGGGAUGGACACGGGGCUGGACAUGGGGAUGGACAUAGGGCUGGACACAGGGCUGGACACUGGGAUGGACACGGGGAUGGACACGGGGAUGGACAUGGGACUGGACACGGGGAUGGACAAUGGGAUGGACACUGGGAUGGACACAGCUCGGACCUGAGAGUGGCCACACUCUGGACAUGGGGCUGGGCACAGGGAUGGACAUAGGGCUGGACAUGGGGCUGGACACAGGGAUGGACACGGGGAUGGACAUGGGACUGGACACGGGGAUGGACAAUGGGAUGGACUCAGGGCUGGACAUGGGGCUGGACAUGGGGCUGGACACC